CCAUCUUCUCCCACUGCCGGCCACUUCACAGGUACACAUCCGGUGAAAUAUUUGUCUCGUUGAUCCAUCUGUGGUAAAAAAACAACAACCGUUGGCUUCGCCUCUUCCUCUCACACGCUGACGUUCGGGAACACAGCCCAGACCCCAUCUGGAGGAAACCCAUCUGGAGGAAACCCAUCUGGAGGAAACCCAUCUGGAGGAAACCCAUCUGGAAGGGGAAGGGCAGCCGGGUCGAUCCAGCGGCAAGACGGGAAGUGGAUGAACUUGCGCCAGUAAACGAGUACGUAAUGGCCUGAUUUGAAACCCACCACCAUCAUCCAACAUGGGGAGAGAAAGGAAGUGCAUCCUCUGUCAGAUCGUAUACAGCUCCAAACAGGAGAUGGAUGAGCAUAUGAAGAGUAUGCUACAUCACCGUGAACUGGAGAACCUGAAAGGCCGGGACUGUGGCCAUGAGUGCCGGGUGUGCCGGGUGACCAUGGUGAGCCUAACGGACUACGCCAACCACAUCUCCAGCAGGGUGCACAAGCAGCGCGUGGAGACGGCGGAACGGGAGGGUGCGGGGAACGACCAGGAAGAGGAGUACUUCGACAAGGAACUGGUCAAACUGAUCGAGAACCGGAAGGAACUCAUCAGGAGAGAGGAGGAGGAGAGGAGGAGAGAGGAGCAGGAGAGGAGCAGGAGAGAGGAGGAGGAGAAGAGGAGAGAGGAGGAGGAGAGGAGGAGAGAGGAGGAGGAGCGGAGGAAACAGCAGCAACAGAUCCAGAAGUGGAGUGACGCACGGCAGUACUUCUGCCAGAAGGGGGCGUCGUGGGGCUGGAGAGACCCCAGCAACACCCCUCCACCACCCCCUCCUCGAAAAUGCAAAGGGCCCGCCUGGCAGGGGUGCUGGGACUGGAGCUCAAUCCCCGCUGGGGGUCCAGGUCCAUGGGGGACCCAGGAGGACAUCAGGUUUAACUGGCACAACAGGAAACAGGGCCGCAGCGCCACCUGGCACGCCCAGGAACCACCCAACUUCUCCAAGUGGAGCGCUGGAGGGAGGGGCAGCGGCAGCCUGCACAGCAGGGAAGGGACCAAUAAGAGAUGGGAGCAGGAGGUGUAUCUCCACCCCCCAGCCCAGCAGCAGAGAGGAGGGAGGGGACCCUGGCAGCAGAACAGCAGAGGAGGUGGUACCACCGGUCUAUACAGCAGCAGCAACAGCAGAGGGGGUAACAGACCGCCUGGUCUGCUUGCUGAACCUGUCAUGAGAGAAGGGCUGAGCAGCACAGAGUCUCUUCACAGGAUGGACUUCACCAGCGACCAGCUGGCUCCAGCCGGGUCCUUCGACCAGCUCCGUCAAGACGGUCAGGAUGACGGUAGGAAGGGUGGACACCAGAACAUGGCCCAGGAAGGGCCAGGCGGUGGAGCAGAACGAGAUCGUAACAACGUCAUGGGGAUGGGGCCCAAGGCGUUUGGUAGUAAUCCUAAACUAGACAAGGCCUGUCGCUGGUCACCUUAUCCGUCCCAUAAGGAGACUCACCCCCACCCUCAUCCUCCCCCCUCAGAGAGGCACCCAAAGGGUCCUCCUCCUCCCCCAACCCUCCAGACCCAGACCCCCCAGAUCCCCUCGGCCCAGGGCAGAGAUGUGGACCUGAGGCCCAGACGCGACAUAGCGCUGGAGCCCCACCGCUCCUCGGGUCUGAAGCCGACCCAGUCCAGAUGGGACCAGCGAGCAGCACCGCAGCAGAGGUCUCCUGAUCACAUUGUAGAAGGGAGGGAACACAGGAAGUGUAGAGACGUCUCUACCAGGAACAGUCUGAGGACAGACUCCUCCUCCUCUGGGUCCACCUCCACAAGACGGAGGGCAGCUAAGCCAUCAGAGUGCCUUGAGAAGGGCCUGUCCUUCCCUUUUACUACCAGCCCCAAGACCCACCUCAGUGGGGCCUCCAGCCCCACCCUCAACCUAGCCCCCAGCCCCAAGACCCACCUCAGUAGGGCCUCCAGCCCCACCCUCAACCUAGCCCCCAGCCCCAAGACCCACCUCAGUAGGGCCUCCAGCCCCACCCUCAACCUAGCCCCCCAGCCCAAGACCCACCUCAGUAGGGCCUCCAGCCCCACCCUCAACCUAGCCCCCAGCCCCAAGACCCACCUCAGUAGGGCCUCCAGCCCCACCCUCAACCUAGACCCCAGCCCCAAGACCCACCUCAGUAGGGCCUCCAGCCCCACCCUCAACCUAGACCCCAGCCCCAAGACCCACCUCAGUGGGGCCUCCAGCCCCACCCUCAACCUAGCCCCCAGCCCCAAGACCCACCUCAGUGGGGCCUCCAGCCCUAGCCCCUCCACCACCCCCAGGACCCAGCUGAGCCGAGCCUCCAGCCAGGACUCGGACCAGCCCGGGUCGUCCAGACACAGCAGCCAGGAUUUGGGGAGGAGGCUGGGAUCAAAGUCCUCUACCCCACAGCAGGACCAGGAGCAGCAGCUGACCGAGAUGCUGAGGAGAGCCAAGGAGACGCUGCUAGACAAGAGGAGCUCCGUGGAUCUGUCUGCUGCUAACCACAGGACGGAGCGAGAGAAGACAACGAACUCUAACGGCCAGAGGAUGGAGAACGGGGAGAGGAAGACGGUGCUACACAUCGAGGAACCGCAGCAGCAGGUGGAGAGCUCUGAGGGCGUCGAGGUCAGAGCCAACAACAGACAGAAUAGAAGGAAGACCUCUAGACCGACCAGACAGGACAGAGCUAGCAGCAGCGCUAACCCAGCUGGGGACAGUGAGACGUCUCCCUCAGACAAUCACCUUUCUGUCCAGUCUGUCCAGGUCAGCACCUCCACCAUGGAGUCCCCAGGUGGGGCUGCGCUCUCUCUCUCUCCCAGGGUGGCUGGUGAUGGAGAUGGAGAGGAGGCCAUGGAGGUAGCAGACGCAGGGUUGUGGUCAGACAGUGACCCCUUGAGAACCAUCGACCCUAACCUUGACCUCCACACGACCUCUGACCCCUCCUCAGGCUCCACCCUGACCAAACCCACCCUACCCCUCGGCCUAAAGAGGGACCUCACCCGACACAUCGGCUCCAAGACCAAGAGCGGCAGCCACGAGCCCAAUCUGAACAUCGCCCGGCGGAUCAGGAAUGUGAGAGGGGAUGCGGAGAAGGAUUCGGGUCUGAAGCCGACGUUAAGACAGCUCAUCAGCUCCUCGGGGUCACGGCGCUGUGUCAACUGGGACCAGGUGUACCAGGAAGUCCACAGGAAGAAGCAGGAGCAGGGGAAAGGCAUGCCCAGGUUUGGUAUAGAGAUGGUGUCCUGUGACCAGGAGGGGUUGAGCCAGGAGGAAGAAGACAUCCCUCUGACCGAGGGGUUCCAGUGGGAGACGCUCUUCGGCCUCGGAGACUCUGGACCUUCCCUUGCCCCCGUGACUCCUCGCAAACGCAGCCUCUCGGAGAGCAGCGUGGCUCCUGACCGCUCGUCCGCCAACCUCUCCUCUCUCUUCGGGGGUCAGACCCAGGGUCAGGCGAUGCCGGGGGAGAGGGCACCCAGAGAUGGGGCUGGCAGGAAAGGGAAACUAAGCUCAGAGCAGCAAAGCUCCUCGUCCUUCGGAGACCCCGAGCAGCCUGAGGUGGAGGGGACACAGUGUGAGGGGACACAGUGUGAGGACAGAGCACAGAGAGAAGUACAGGGGCCACUAGCACAGGGGCCACCAGGGGCCCUGGUCCAGCAGAGACCUGACUCAGUGAUGGGGGACAGCAGCUCCGGGACGGAGCAGAACGACACGCAGGGAGCCAGGACCAAACGACGAGCAGCUGGGGACAUUCCUCAUUUAGAGAGGAAGAAUAAAAGAAUGAAGGUCAAGUCCAAGAAAGAGCGUGUGCAGUUGGAACAACUCCUGGCUGUGUCUCUCAGAGAGGAGGAUCUGAGCCGGUCUCUACAGGGGGUCGACAUCAGCCUGAUCCAGGCCAGGGCUGCUCUUCAGACUGCCUACAUGGAGGUCCAGCGCCUCUUAGUGGUCAAACAGCAGGUUUCCAUGGAGAUGAGCACUCUCAGAAGGAAGCGUAUUGAGUUGCUCCAAGGGAUCCAAGGUGGUGUCGAGAGCCUUUCCCUGCCCAGAGUGAAGAGCUGUGAAGAGGAGAUGCCUUUAGAGAUGCCCCCCUCCCUGCUGUCGUCUCUAACAGAAGCCCCUGUCCCCAGACCUAACCAGGUUCCCCUCUACCUCCCCCCCUGCUCCACGCCCCCCUCCCUGUCCCCUAGCCCCCACGCCCAGCCCCAGGCGGUCACACAGUCAGUAGUUGUGAAGCAGGAGCCUCUGUCCCCUGGUAGGGUGACCACUGAGACGGAGGCUGCAGAGAGCACAGUCACAGUCCACCAGCAAGUUCCUCACUGCCCCACGCCAGAGGCCACGCCAAUCCGUACAGACCCUCGCACAGAUUGUGCCCUCAGCUGCCAAUCGGUCAGCGGGAUGAGGUCUGAGCAUCACAGAGCCAGCAGAGCGCUCUCUCAGGAGGACAGCGGCCUACCUGUAGGAGCAUCUGCAGAAUGGAAGGAACCCUCAGCAGGCUCACCAGACCUGGCCCAGUCGGUAGAGAGGGGUGUCCAGGUUACCAGAGAAGACAGGGGUAACUCCGAGCCCCACCCGGCCCCGCUGUCAGGCCCGUCCAGCCGCAAGAGCUCCAGGACCGGGGUCCAGGACCUAGAAACCUCCCCUGUCCUCGUCCUCUCCUCGCACACCUCCCCCGGCCUCCCUCCAUCCCACGCUCCGCCCCAGGCGGAGGUGACGACCGUAAAGCGCGUGAGGAAGUUGAAGAAGAAGAGGGUGCUGAGGAAGGCCAAGGGGGCGGAGCAACAGCUUGACAACAGCGACACAGAACUGGAGGCGGAGACGACCCUCUCCCGACCCGUCAGACUCCUCCGCACCCGCAAGAAAGCCAGCGGAGGAUCCCAGCCCCAGGUCACCACAUCCACCUCCAGCCCGCCCGGAGCAGCAGAGGACAGGGGGGAGGUUAGAGUAGAGGCUCCAGGACCUCCAGGACCUCCAGCCACUAGGCCUGAGGAGAGGCAGGAGGACUCUGACUCCUCUCUAGAGAUGGUAAUGCUCCCCCAGGCAGCUCCAGCUGAGGUGGUUACCAUCGACACCUCAGGCCCAGAGGAUAGAGACAUGGAAGUGUGCAGCAUUGCCUCUCCACAGCCCCAGCCCACUGUCUUACCCCCAGCCCCAGCCUCAGCCCCAGACACACUGAAGACAGAGCCCCAGAAGCUGGCCUGCAAUGAGGUCACCUCCACCAGCGAGAUGGAUGUCAGCUCUGUAGUCAGGACCUGUGAGAGUGAAGUCCAGCUGCCCCUGACGUCUGUCAAUCUGUCCAAGACUUCCUCAGAUCUGUCUCUAGAUGCGUCGUCAGAGCAUGGGGAGGAGGAGCUGCCGUCUGAGGGGGUGUUUGAGGGUCACCAGGAGACUGUUAAUGCCAUGCAGGUCCACAUGGGUCUGCUCUAUACCUGUUCUGGAGACCGCACUGUUAGAGCCUUCAGCCUGGUGAGCCGUGAGUGUGUGGCUGUGUUUGAGGGCCACAGCACCAAGGUCAACUGUUUGCUGGUUUCUUCUGGACCAGGUCUACAACAACGCCUUUACUCUGGCUCCAGUGACCAGACAAUCCGCUGCUACAGCCUCAGGUCCAGGGAGUGUGUGGAUCAGUUCUCUCUCCCAGACCGGGUUCUUUGCCUCCACAACCGCUGGAAAGUUCUGUAUGCUGGCCUAGCCAACGGCUCCGUGGUCACCUUCAGCCUCAAGACCAACAAGCAGCUGGAUGUGUUCGAGUGUCACGGGCCGCGGGCGGUGAGUUGCCUAGCGACAGCCCAGGAAGGAACUCGCCGCAUCCUAUUGGUGGGAUCCUACGACAGCACCAUUAGUGUUCGGGAUGCCAAGAGUGGCCUGUUGCUACGGACUCUAGAGGGCCACACCAAGACAGUACUAUGUAUGAAGGUGGUCAAUGACCUGGUCUUCAGUGGCUCCAGCGACCAGUCGGUCCAUGCACACAAUAUACACACUGGAGAGUUGGUGCGGAUCUAUAAAGGACAUAGUCAUGCUGUCACAGUGGUGGCCAUCCUGGGGAAGGUGAUGGUCACUGCCUGUCUUGACAAACUGGUCCGCGUCUACGAACUACAGUCACAUGAUCGUCUGCAGGUGUACGGUGGACACACGGACAUGGUGAUGUGUAUGGCUAUCCACAAGAGUAUGGUCUACACAGGUUGCUAUGACGGCAGUGUGCAGGCGGUCAAACUGAACCUGAUCCAGAACUAUUACUGCAGGUGGCAUGGCUGUUCCCUGAUCUUUGGAGUGUUGGAGCACCUUCAGCAGCACCUGCUCCAAGACCACGCCUCUCCCAACACACAGACCCUCAAGUGUCGAUGGAAGAACUGCGAUGAGUAUUUCACUGCUCGCAACGGCUCCAAGCAGGGGGCGCCAAGGCACAUGCUGCAACAUGUUGAGGAGGAGUGGAGUAGACCAGCCCAACCCUGAGGGAGUGACCCCCACCCUCCCGUAACCCCUCCAUCCCCCCUCUUUAACUCCCAUAUUGGGGUGACCCAGUCUAUAAGGUCGCCUGGUUAAACCAGUCUGAAUGAUGAGCGCAUCGUUGAAACAGUGGUGGCUCAGCUUGGUUUUACCAUCUGGAAGACUUUUACGAAGUGGUGCCAGGUGACUGCUAGCCUGAAAACCAGACCUGUUUGGUGCUAACAUUCCACUUCUUGCCAAUGUUUGGCAGUGAGUGGAAUGAUAGCACAAACCGACGGGUAUCCAGGCUAAGGUGACCAUACAUACCAGAGAAUAAUGAUGAUGAAUCUGUUGGAAUCCAAUCUGUCGUUUUGUUAUGAAAGGAGAGAUGUGAAGUGUUAUAGUUUUUUUUACCAACUAAAACAUCUCUUCCUCUCCAUGGUUCUCUCAUCAUGAAUGAAUGAACACUGCUUAAUGUCAGUUGCUCGAACCACUGACCAAAUAAGACAAAGGAACACAGGACUGACUAACUAACCGUUCACCAAGCAAAGAAACCAGGUAUGAAAGAGUCAUUGUUAUGUUUUCUAUUCAAACGGCUGCAAAUACACUUUCAAAAUGAA